CCAGCCGGUGUCCAGCGGGUGAUUAGCAACACUGUGAAUGUGAAGCUCUCUGAAAAAGUUUUUCUGGUGAAAAUUGUUCGAUUUCGGCAAAAAAAAAAACAUGGACGAGGCUAAGGGAGAUAAAAGUAUGCGCUUUCUAUCGCUGAACAUCAAAGACUGCCUCGGCUGCAGCGAUGUGAGCGUGUCGUUCCCCCAAUCGAACAGCGUGCACGUGCUGCUGUACAAGCCGAUGGGGCAGGAGCAGGCCCGCGACACCGUCAAUGUGGCCGUGACGCCUGUGGCACAGGCCAUACAGCUGCUGUGCACUCGGACCUUUCCGGACGCCGAGAGCUUGGAGCGGCUGCCGCUGCUGGAGGUGGGACGCGGCAGCGUUUCCCUGCGCUUUCAGGUGUUGCAGCCCGCACCCUCGGAGGAGGACAGCGACAGCGACUUGGACCUGGAGCCGUCCACAUCGGCGCAGGCAAGAGUGCGUCUCGAGGAGCGGAAGAAACGCCACGAGGCGGCACGUAAUCGCAAGAAAAUCUUCGUAGUCGAAAAGGAGGUGAUGGUCGAGCGGCGAUUCAACGAUCCCCAGAGUCUGGACUGGGUCACCUUUACGGUGAACGGUGGCGAGAUCCUCAAAUGGCAGCUGGACGAGUUCCACGCUCAGUUCUUCGAGGAUCCCCAGUACUCGUCCAUCCAUCUGUGGGAUCUGCAGCACAAGUGCGCCGGCAAUUGGCUGCAGAUCAUCCGGGCGGACGGCAAUGGCUACAAAAACUUUCAGACCCCGGGCAAUCCUUUUGAGAUCUUUGCCAAGCUCUUCGUUCGCAAGGAGCUGGAUGAGGAGGAUUUGGUGUGCAAAUUGGCCGAAUCCUGUAUUACCGUCAACGAGGCCGUACUCCGCUCGGAGCGUCAGUUCGUGAUGCAGGUGUUCAACCAUGUGCGCGGCAUAUUCGAGUACUUCACCAUGAAGCAGUAUACGGUGUGGUUCCUGGUGCCCGGCGCCCAGGGCCCUCAAAGUCUGACCGAAGAGGUAUAUGCGACCUCUCUGUUUUCCACAUGUUUUUCAUUGCGUUUUCCUCCGGCAGGAUCUCGACUUCGAUUUGCGUACUGUUCGCACUUCCAUCCGUAUUGCUGGCGACAACAGGAACAUCUUCUGGAGCCAGUCCGAUCACAAUGUCCAGAACUUGCUGAUGGUCUCCUUCCAGUUGGCCCUGAGCAAUCGUUGCUGAUUAUCAGCCAUUUGGAUAAGAUAGCUGAUUUCGUGACCUGGCAGUUUAUCACGGCUUCCCACAUGAACGACAUCUAUGCCCGUGGACCCACAGAUUCGAAAUGGGUUUGCAUGCGCUACUUGCAACGCAUCGUCGAAAUGGCCCAGGCCAACUGCAUCAUUGUCCUCAUCGAGUAUCCCAGCUUCCUGAGCAUUCUCUCCGACGAGCGGCAUGUGAUCAAGUGUGAGAAGCAGCCGGACAAAGAAUCCUGGGACGUUAAAGUUGCGUCCGCCGAAUCGUCCGAGUCCCGCUUGGAAAUCCUUAAGAAUGCCAUAAAUUUGGAGCUAGGCAGUGUCGCGCCCGCCACCCCUCAAGAAUAAGGCAUCUAUCAAGCGCUCAUCCAAUUUUAGUUUUACAAAUAUUUCCUUUGCUCCUCCAUUGUUCCAUUGCUCGUUUUGUAAUUACGCAGCCGCCUCCGCCGCCGCUGCCGCUCACGGAACAACAACAGGAGCACCAUUCUUCAGCUCCAUUUCAAUUAGGGUUUUGCCGGCUGUCAGUUUGAAUGCCACACAGCCAGCAAGCCAUCGCCAUCAUCAUCACCAUUCUCAUCCUCAUCCAUAUCCCUGCCACCGCAACAGCAGCAGCAACUGCAACUACAACUACAAUGGCUGUCAGUCAAAGGCACGCGUCAUUUGCUGGCGAAAUGCAUUUUACGUAAACCUAAAAGCAUUUUAAGCUAAACCUCAACGCCCACCGCUAUCGACCCAGUUAGAAGACGGGUACCACGGCCUGGAGAUGCAUUUGGAAGGAGCGACUGUCUGUCUGGCUGACUUGACUGAUUGGCGGUUGUUGGGGCAACUUUUCGACGCAAGAACAUAUCCGAAUGUGCUACAUUUCAGACGAAGCCGAAGGAAACAGAACACUUUUUUUUUUUGUAGAAUUAAAGAUAUUCAAGAUUUGGCAUUCAAUAAUUGCCUUGGUGGGGCCAAAACUUACAUAUAUAACAUAUUCCAUUCAUUCAAAAAUAAUAUCAGAGAACAACAAGAGAUGGAUCCCAUUUAUUUGGAAAAAAUACACACAUUUUUUUUUUAUUGUAUCAAGAUGAAUUGAUAAAAAAUG